CUGGGCGUGUAUCUCAACACCAUCAAGCGAAUGCUGGAAACGCUCCGCCCAACAGUGGAGCUGCGGAUGCGCAAGUGGGUGGCCAACACCCCUCCUGCGGAGGUGUUAUUCGGGGAGAUGUUGAGUGAGGUGACUGUGGAGCUAAGGACCACGUACAGGGCGACACUGCAGGGCGUGGUGGAGAAACUAUACGAGAAUACCCAGCUGGGCCGCACCACGUCGUUAAAGCGGGUGUUGAAGGAGGUGCGCCCGCAGGCAGGCGACGACAUGACGUCUAAGCUGCAGCCGCUCUCUGCUCUUAUUGGAUCGUUGUUAGCUCAGGCGGAUGCAGUGUUGAGCAGCCGAGUGUUCAUGGGCACGGCGAGGGUCUGUGGGACCGGCACGGGCGGGAGGUGCUGCACUUCCUGGAGAAAAGGCGGGAGGGGUGUCGUGGUUCAAGAGCGCCUCCGCUGCUAUCACCCUCGAUACGUUGGACAACCUCUUUGCACAGCAGAUGCAGCGGCUGCAGGGCCACGCCCUCAUGGAAAGGGAUUUGGAGCCGCCACGCGCCAUCUGUGACGCGCGCGGGGUGCUGUCGAAGGGGGGCGCGCCUGCUACCACUGCCAGGGUGCACGACUCGCUGUCUCUCUACUAACUUGGAGGCGCCCCACUGUCACCUUGAGCCAUCUGUGAUGCGCGCAGGGUGCUGUCUAAGGGGGGCGCCCCCGCCACGACUGCAAGGGUGCACGACUCGCUAUCUCUACUAACUGUUGAGGUCAAUUGAGAGUCAUUUGCCAUGCCCUCAUAGUGUGAGAUCUGGAGCUGCCUUGAGCCGUUUGCGAUGCGUUGAGGUGCUGUUUAAAGGGGGCGUCCUUGCCAUGACUCCCAGCCAGCGUGUAUGACUCGCUCUCUCUAUACUAACUGUGAAGUUCAUUAGUCCGUCAUUUGCCCCAGGCUCGGGAAGGGAUCUGGAGCCUCCUCGAGCCUAGAGCAGGGUCCUAGAGGAGGCCACCUACCACCUCUGUGAUGGCCGUGCAGUGUCGUUAGAGGGGGUGUGUGUCAACUUACAUUCUAUAUAUAUAGUUGUGUAGGCUUGGUAGGUGUUGGAUGUUCUACAAAUGACUGGAUCAUACUGUAGUGGGUACAAUCCACUUCUUGUACCUCUCUCUCUCUCUC